GCUCAAGACUGUAGAGAAAAUGGCAUGUCUCUUCCUGAUUAAGUAAUUCUAUUUUUGUGCAGGUCAGUAGUAACGGAGGAAUACAAACUUCCAGAUGGAAUGGUUGGAUUUAUAAUUGGCAGAGGUGGAGAACAAAUAUCACGCAUUCAGCAAGAUUCUGGAUGUAAAAUACAGAUCGCUCCUGAUAGUGGUGGCCUUCCAGAAAGAUCUUGUAUGCUCACUGGAACUCCAGAAUCUGUUCAGACUGCAAAGAGGAUACUUGAUCAAAUUGUAGAAAAAGGAAGACCUGCGCCUGGUGGUGGUGGUGGUGGUGGUGGCGGCGGCGGUGGCUUUCACCAUGGGGAUGGUCCAGGAACUACUGUUCAGGAACUACUGAUGAUACCACCUUCUAAAGCAGGAUUAGUUAUUGGAAAAGGUGGAGAAACAAUUAAAAUGUUACAGGAACGGGCAGGAGUUAAAAUGGUUAUGAUACAAGAAGGGCCACAGAAUACUGGAGCAGAUAAACCAUUGAGGAUUUCAGGCGACCCAUACAAAGUUCAACAAGCAAAGGAGAUGGUAAUGGACCUAAUUCGAGAUCAAGGGUAUCGAAAUGAAUAUGGGGCAAGAGGUGACAGCUUGGAUAUUCCCAUACCACGGUAUGCUGUUGGAAUUGUAAUUGGGCGAAAUGGGGAAAUGAUCAAAAAAAUCCAGAAUGAUGCUGGUGUAAGAAUUCAGUUUAAACCGGAUGACGGAACAGGUCCGGAUAGGAUAGCACAGAUAAGUGGUCCCCCUGAAAGAUGUCAGCAUGGUGCAGAAAUAAUCACAGACCUCCUUCGAAGUGUGCAGACUGGUUCUGGACCUGGUUCUGGUGGUAGAGGGCGAGGAAGAGGCCAAGGCAAUUGGAAUAUGGGCCCACCUGGAGGACUUCAGGAAUUUAGUUUUACAGUGCCUACUAUCAAAACUGGACUAAUCAUUGGAAAAGGAGGGGAGACUAUAAAAACUAUAAGCCAGCAAUCUGGUGUGAGGAUAGAACUGCAAAGAAAUCCUCCUCCAAAUGCAGAUCCGAAUUUAAAAAUGUUUACUAUUCGUGGAUCACCUCAACAAAUUGACUAUGCAAGACAGCUUAUUGAAGAAAAGAUUGGAGGUCCAGUUAACCCUUUGGGUCCACCACCUGUCCCUCAUGGUCAUCCUGGCCCGCAUGGCCCACCAGGUCCUCAUGGCCCUCCAGGCCCUGUGAAUCCAAUGGGUCCCUUUAAUCCAGGACCAUAUAAUCCAGGUCCACCUGGACCUGCACCUCAUGGUCCACCAGCCCCAUAUGCUCCUCAAGGAUGGGGGAAUGCCUAUCCACACUGGCAGCCACAGGGCCAGCCUGAUCCAGGUAAAGCUGCAGUAGAUGCUAAUGCUGCAUGGGCAGCAUACUAUGCUCAGUAUUAUCAACAGCCGCAACCAGCUCCUGCAGUUCCUCCUGUUGCCCAAGCCCCAGCCCAGAUUAAUGGGCAAGGUGACCAGCAUAACCCAAAUCCAACUGGACAGCCUGAUUAUACCAAAGCGUGGGAAGAAUAUUAUAAGAAAUUGGGGCAACAACAGCAGCAGCAACAGCAGCAGCAGCAACAGCAGCAACAGCAGCAGCAGCAGCCAGGACAGCCGCAAGACUAUACAAAGGCUUGGGAAGAGUAUUACAAAAAACAAGGUCAGGCUGUAGCUGCAGCUCAUGUACCUGGUGCUGCUCAACCAGCUGCUGCUGCUGCUCAGCCAGACUACAGUGCUGCAUGGGCUGAAUACUACAGGCAACAAGCUGCAUAUUAUACACAAACCAGUCCACAGGGAAUGCCUCCUCACCCUCCAGCUCAACAGUGCUGAAGAUGCUGCAAGCACCAUAUCAUAGCUCAUAGAAUCAGGUCCCGAUAGUUACUGCCCGUAGAGGAAGAAUCCUUUGAGUGUAUGCCAUUGGUGAACCGAUGAACAUGGACCACUGAAGGGCUCCAUGUAGAAGGUAAAUUUGGCAAACAGUAAAGCUCAAAUGAGAAAUGUUUUUGUUAGUGCAAACACUUUGUUCUAUAGCUUCAUAUUUUAAAAGUGCCUCUUUAAAUUACUGUAUCCUUGUUUACUUGCAGCGUUAGGUUAUUUUAAAUGUUUAUUCUGUGUUUAGAGUUGAGGUAUUUUGAAGAUUUCUUUGGCAGUUCUUGACUUUAUUCAGUGUUAUGCUACUAUAGUUUUGCAUUUUUUUAAAUGCUGUUCACACUAGUAAGUGAACAGCCACACAUGAAUAGUUUAUCUGAAACAGUUGUACGCAGGCUAAAUUAUGUAAAUUUGUAGUGGGACUGAAUACAUUCAGGAACUAGAUAGUCAUGCAGUAUUUUCUAAGGGGUGGGCUAUUAAUAUAGAGGGGAAGGGUUUGUGAAUGAGAAUUGAGUAAAUGAAUUUGUCAGACUUGCAGAUUGCUCAGAGAUUUCUUUGAAGUAUCUGUUUGCUGUCAUGUUAUCUGUGGAAACAUCUAUGGAAACUAUGUUUAAAUAAAACUGAAGGUAGUGAUAACAUAAGGGGAAGUCCAAAGAGUCUGGACUAGAGGUAAUUUAAAGCAAGUCUCCUUUUUUUCCAUAAAGUUAUUUUAAACUUUUAUUGAAAAUGUUGUUACAGUAAGAAUUAUCCAUUGUAUAAUUUUAUUUGAUUUGUUUUCAUUUAAUAAACUGUAAAUUAAAGCAAAACCUGUGUCUUUUUUAAUGGAUUGUAUACUGUUCAUAGUUGUCCUAUCAUAAAAAAAAAUUGUUUGAAGUUAAUCUCUGCAUUGGGAAUGCAUUUACAUGACUAGACAGCAGUGAGCUUGACUGGAUGUGAACUGUCAUGCUAAAGUUUUAAGUAAAGUCAUCUUGCUCAUUUAAAGGACACAUGGGUUCUGGAGUGUAAACGUCUCAGAAAUUGUGUAAACCAUGGUUAUACUGGCUUUUUAUUUGUUGAUUUUUAAUGCAUUUUAGUACUUUUGUUGACUGCAUUUCAGGGUGCCUUGUUUUGAGUAUCUUAACAGUUGUAAUUGUCGAAAUUGUUUUGCAUAUUCGCCUUAAGUAACUUGGUGUCAAAAUAAAUGCCUGAUUUAAGCUGA